AUGCAUGAAGAGGUCGGGGAUAAAGUGCAAACCAUAAAGUGCGAGAUACUCGAGGAUUCGAUAAAUUACUUGGGGAGGAAGGUGGACAGGCACGGCAUCAGACCAGAUCCAGAUGCAGUUGAAGCAGUGCUAAGUUGGAAAUCGCCAAAAACGGAUCACCAGUUGAUGAGUUUCCUGGGUUUUGCGAACUAUUACACCGAAUUCAUCAAGGGUUACGCGGAUGAAGUAUACCCGAUACAACAAUUAUUGAGACACAAAGGCAAGAAGUUCACGUGGAACAACGCAGCUGAAGAAUCAUUCCAGAGAAUAAAGAAAGAGUUGUGCGACGCACCAAAGUUAGGGAUGCCAACGGCGAAAGGGAUGUACGUGCUGGAUACGGAUUGUCGGUAG